AUGGAUGACGAUAAAGUUAAAACAGAAGAUGCACAAUGGCUAUCAGAAGAAGUAUCAGAAAAUUUGGGUGAUAAAGAAGAGUCUAUUUGUCGGACGUUGAAACCAAAACAACUCGACUUAUCUCGUUUUUACGGAGACGAAGAAGAAUUCCCAGAGUUCUGGACAGUUUUUGAAACUCUCGUACAUGAGAGCAAAGCAUUAAACACAGUUGAAAAGAUGCUCUUAUUAAAGGACAGCCUCAGAGGAAGAGCCGAGAUGGCUAUUAAAGGCAUACAGCUCGUUCCACAAAACUACAAGUGGAUGAUUGAGGAACUUAGGAAAAAUUUUGGCAAUAAGCCAACGAACCGAGCUAACAUUGUCCAAAAACUAGUCGAUAUGCACCCAACAAACGGUACCGCAGAAAGCUGUAUCGCAGCAUACGACAAAACUCGAAUGCUUAUUAAUCAAAUGAUUUCAGCAGGUCAAGACAUACGCUGCAUGCAAGACGCUACGCGGACCCAAAUAUUCUAG